AAGUCAGCACUGUCAGCAGUAGCACUGUCAAAAUUAAUAACAGAGAAGGCUGGCUACAAAUUUUUGAGGCCGUAAAUUGCAUUAUUCUUUAAAAUGACUCUAAUAAUACUUAUAUGAUAAUAUUAUGUUGGUUUUCCUGGGUAACUUAAUUAAACUAUAAUAAAUUACAGGAAAUGUGUGAGAAAUAAAUGAGUAGAUAUGUUAGUUUUCAAAUGUGCUUUAUUAUUCUUCUUUUCGACUUUUGUGUUGUCACUAAGUUCGCAAGUUUCAAAAGUUUAUUCAUUGGGAAUUGGUCUUGCCUGUUUAUACUUUAUCAGUGGAGCAUUCGCUGGCAAAAUCCUGUAUGACAGAUACCAGUACAUUCAUAUACUAGGCUCACUAACACCAAAUCCAAAUGUGACCUCGUAUGUAAACAGAAUAGCUUCUAUUUCUGCAUCAUUCCUCUCAUUGGGCUUCCUCAGUUACCUUUUUCUUGUUUUAUUUAAGAAAGAUGAAACCACUCUCAGAGCACUUGAAAUAUUUUUAUGUGGAUGUGGCACUCUUUAUAUGUGGGUACAGAGUUUACUCACAACAUAUACAUCAACUUUAUUUUAUGAGAAAAAACUGACAGUAUUGAGACAAUACCUAGCCAACUUGAGCUUCCUGUUUCUAGUUCUUAUGGCAAUAUUUGGGACCUUAUCUGUAUUUUUGCCAGAAGGUGAUUCUAGCGUAAUGUACAUAUGUAACAUAUUAUCAUCUCUCAGCAGUUACACAAUGACAACUAUUUUCUGUAUAUUUAUAUUAUCAUUUGAAAAGGAAUAUGUAUAUUUUUCGGAGGGAAUCCGUUCCAAUAUGUUAAUAGAUGACACCUGUUCAUUGAACAAUGCGUCAGUCGACGAAAGUUUACUAGACACACAUACAAUAAGGAGAAUAUUGCCCCGUACUGUGUCCUGACAAGAAGCCGUGCCCACGGGCACGGUAAAAGCGCCAUCUUACGGCAGCUUUAACGAAACGAAUUUCGAGAUUUUGGAUAACCAUUUCUCGCAAGAGUCGAGCCCCGAUAACGACAGUGGCAUGUCCUCGGGUGA